AUGCAUGAUCUCAGAAAUGCUUGUUUGAAAUUCAUGAGCUGCUAUUAUCAUCCCAUGCUGCGCAGGCCGGAGUUCAGGAUGUUGCCAGCUCCUCUGCGAGAUCAGAUCCGAGACAUGCGGAUGAAAGGCACGGCCAAUUUAGUUGCAAUAGGGGAUUUUACUGACACCUGUCUGGAUUUGGCAAAUCAGGACGAGCCUUGGUCUAUGUUGAGAUAUGAUGAGCUAGAACAACGCUGGAAACCUCUAGCCAACAAUCUUCCUUCAGACAUGAUCAAUGUGCGAGGAUACGGAUCUGCUAUGUUGGACAACUACUUGUUUAUUGUUGGUGGAUACAGGAUGACCAGUCAGGAGAUCUCGGUGGCCCAUUGCUACAACCCCUGCAAGAACGAGUGGAACCAUGUGGCACCUUUGAACCAGAAGAGAUCCAACUUCAAGCUCUUGGCCGUGAGUGGGAAGCUGUAUGCGGUUGGAGGUCACUGUCUGAGUACGGUGGAGUGUUAUAGUCCAGAGCAGGACUGGUGGACGUGUGUAGCAUCUCUGCCCGAUCCUCUCGCUGAGUUCUCUGCCUGUGAGUGUCAGGGCAUGAUCUACGUCAUGGGCGGUUAUACCUCUAGAGAUAGAAACACUAAUGUGCUGCGCUACUGCCCCGCCUCGGACACAUGGUCCGUGUUCCGUUCCUGUUCGGCUCAUGUGCGCAAGCAGCAGAUGCUCUCGGUGGAGGACACCAUCUACCUGGUGGGCGGCUACACGCACGAGCUAGAGCCUGCAGAAACGGGACGGCGGAGACUCAGCCAGACGGAGGACAUGCUGACGGUACAGUCCUACAAUGUGCAGACGGGGGAAUGGUUGCAACUUAAGGAGAACACAUCAAAGUCUGGCUUGAACCUCACCUGCACGCUGCACAAUGACGGCAUCUACAUUAUGAGCAGAGAUGUCAGCCUGCCCACCAGCCUGGAGCACCGCGUCUUCCUCAAAUACAACAUUUUCUCAGAUGCCUGGGAGGCUUUCAGACGUUUCCCAGCUCUGGGACAGAACAUGCUGCUUUGCUCACUCUACCUGCCCAAUGUCCUAUGA